AUGGCAACUACCGCGCUUCCGAUGUUCAUGGUGAUCAAUGUACCACAAGCUGCUACAAACACUUAUCUAUACCGCAAGGACGACGGCUCCGUAGCCGACGGCAGCGACAGCGUGUUUAGCCCGCUCGUCAAGAUCGGAGUCCAGCAAGCUGCAAUCAACGCCAAAUACGUCCACCUACUACUCUGUUACAACAACAGAUACUGGCGGAAGAGCACCGACGAUGACACCAUCGUCGCCGUAUCCACCAAGCCCGAAGAGGACACGAGGAAGCCGUCGUGCACGCUCUUCGAGCCAACUCUGCAGGGGAACACGCUCUACUUCACCCACGUUCCGACCGGGGGGCGCGUCAUGAUGAACGACGCCACCAAGGGUUUCUACGUCAACCCAAGCAGCGUCGGCACGCCGCUAGGGUUUAUGGAUUGGAACACAUUGGUGAAACUGCCUGAGCACUUGGCGUUCAAGAAUAAUGGCAAGUUCCUCAAGGCACUUUUUGCCGAUAAUCAGUACUACCUCUGGUUGGCCUCCGACGAUCCCAACGAAAAAGCAUCCGGCCACGUGGUCUCGCUGGUGCCCAACGGCCACGUCCGGAUAAACUCCGACUACUGGGGAAUGUUCUGGCGGCGGAGCCCUAUCUGGAUAGUGGCCGACUCCACCGACGUCACGGCCAAUAACAGGGACACUCUCUUCUGGCCCGUCAAGAUCAACGACACCACCAUUGCGUUCCGGAGCGCCGGCAACAACAACUUCUGCCACCGCCUAACCCAGGACAAGAGGGUGAGUUGCCUGGCCGCGACGGUCUCCACCCUGAUUGGCGAAACAAUGUUGCUGGUGCAGGAGCUGGUGAUGGAUCGGAAGAUCUACAACGUGAGGUACCGAAUGGACGACGCGAGGAUAUAUGGCGAGACACGGUAUGUGGGCGGCACCUCCAUCGUCACCAAUGAGGGGAACAGGGAGGCCUCCCGCAGCGUCACGGUUAACUAUCAAAACAACUUAACUUACUCUUUCAACCGCAGCGUGUCCAUAAAGGGUGGGGUCCCCAACACCAUCACCGCUGGCGUGCCCGAGAUCGUGGAUUCUGAUAGCGUUCAGAUCAGUUUUCAGAUCAACAGUACGUCGUUCGAGUGGGGCGAGAGCGUGACAAGAUCGACGUCUGUCACGGCGACGGGCUCAGUUUCUGUGCCGCCGAGGACUAGAGCUACAGUCAGAUAUGUGGGGACGAUGGGCACGUGCGAUAUCCCGUUCACCUACACUCGGCAGGACAUGAGCUCCACCGACGGAUCAAUCACUGUAACUGAUCAGAUCGAUGGUGUUUACACUGGCGUCAAUACUUACAACUUCAGCUUCGUCAUCGAGAAAUAUGAGCCUCUCUGA